CCACUGCAUUAGAUCAUAUCUUUACAUUUGUAGAACGAGUUUUAAAACAGCAUUUAAUAAUGUAGGUGCACUGCAGCUGUAGCUCCCAGACCUUUGGGUUUUUUCCCUAUGAGAUAAAUACAAUAUGAGAAGUACGUGUCAGAGACAUAGGAACUUUAAUAUCCCAGAGGAAACUUGGUGUGGGGUGAUAUAUUAUGCAGCACUUGACAUGGAAGGCUGCUUUAAUUCUGCUUGACUUAUUAUUCUUUCCAAGAAGACACUGACAUGCUGGCCACGGUUAUGGAACUAAUACGAGUAACAGGAUAAACAGUCAAACCCGAAGCAGCGUGACGGGCUUUGGGAUUUGAUCCAUGGCAGUGGGUAGAGAGUAAAAUGCAUCAGCGCACACAGUGAGACGUGGAAGGUACGGCGGCUGAACGGCGAGAGAGGGACGCAUCUCGGUGCGCACCGGACCACAGUAUGGACCGCAGAACGCGCGCGGUGCGUCCGCGCAGGUCCGGGACGAACUGAUGGUGGACUGAGCCCACACCUACACGCUCACUGCCGGUUUUACUCAGCGUGCCUCCGCUCCGAAGAGAAAGCGGAGAUUCAUUCCUCGACCAGAAGAGACGAGAGGGGAAUGGACAUACUGUAGCCAAGGCUGAGAGACACGAAGGAUGUAGGGGACGUCGCCAGCUGCAAGGACGCAGAGGGAACGAUCCUCACCGGAAUCCACGUUUUGCUGAGCAGAUGCACUGGAACACAUCAAGACUGGAAGUUAGGAAUACUGACCAGGAACUUCAAACCCACAAGAUGUUGAGCCCCUCAGGACUGAAGAAAGUCCCUCCAACUUGUACAUGAAUGCACAGAAACACUAAGGCAGCUCAUCUAAGGGGGCUUGUUCCACAUGAAGAUUACAUCAGCAUUCAGCAAGGGCAGAUGGAGGAUGCUGAUCCCUCAAUCCGGAGGUGUGGAGUGACAGAUGACAGAGGGAUUGAUAAAGCGGGAGAGAAAGGGAGAGGUUGCGUCGGAAAGGGUCACUGCCGGCGGUAAUGGAAAACGGCGACAAAGGUCAGGCACAUCGAUCGGGAGGUGAGGAGAAAUCAACCUGUUCACCAGCUCUGGCCUGAAAGACGCUCGCAACACCUUGGACACAUCCCGCGAACAGCAGAUGGUCGUCAGCUGGAUGCAGAUACUACAACUGAUCGAUCGUCAAACGAGCUGGUGAAGAUCUGGCAACGGGAGCAGGAAGCAACCAUGGAUUUUAGCAAGCCAGUUUUAAACUCUCAGUCGAAAACUCUUAAACUCCAUCUUCGAUCAAGAGGUGGAUGUGACUGAACACCACAAAGCAUAACGGGACAUUUUGGCUCAUUGCACACAUUUAGAAAUCGUCGCCAAUGACCUAUUGGCAAGAAAUGGGAGAUUCGGACUUCAGGGAACAAUUGGAGGCUGUUUGCAGCUAGCAAGACUUUAUUGGAAUAUUAUCAAGAGCACUUGUAGCUUGUUUCCCCCUAAUCCCCUCUUCCCUCUCACUCCCAAUCCCCAGAGUUUUGUCCUCUGUUUUUCCCUUCCCCAGAUCCUGUUUCCAUCGACCAACAAACUUCAAAACUCUUCAGAUAAGUCUGUCUCAAUGCUGAGCUCAUCUCUCACGUCACCUUCUUCUUCCCUCUGAAGAAGGUGAAUUAAAACUCCCUCUGUCAACCACCGAUAGGGUGAGGGUCUCUGUUUGUGAUGGGAGGCCCAGCAAGAGCUCUUCUUGGCGGGUUCAGCACCACCACCUCUUCCCUAGAGGUUGGAAGUCGGAUGGCUUGGCCAAGCAACAACCCCCUGGACCUCAACCAAUCCCUGUCAUGGGGCAUAGGGCUUGGAGGCAGCGUUGGAGGUGCGGCAGCCAUGAGCGCAGGGCUGGACAAUUUCACCCAGGAGUCCGUCACCAGGGCGGUGAUGAAGGAGAAGAACUGGCCGGCGCUGCUCAUACUGGUCAUCAUCGCGCUGACCAUCGGUGGCAACAUCCUGGUGAUCCUGGCGGUGUCGCUGGAGAAGAAGCUCCAAAACGCCACCAACUUCUUCCUGAGGUCACUGGCCGUGGCGGACAUGCUCGUGGGCAUCCUGGUCAUGCCGAUCUCCCUCAUCAACAUCCUCUAUGACUACGCCUGGCCUCUCCCCAGCGCUCUGUGUCCGAUCUGGAUCUACCUGGACGUGUUGUUCUCCACCGCCUCCAUCAUGCACCUGUGCGCCAUCUCCCUGGACCGAUACGUCGCCAUCCGCAACCCCAUAGAGCACAGCCGCUUCAACUCCAGAACCAAAGCCAUGAUGAAGAUCGCCGCUGUCUGGACCAUAUCUAUAGGUGUAUCGAUGCCCAUCCCGGUGAUCGGCCUCCACAACGAGGACAAGGUCUUCGUCAACGGCAGCUGUGUCCUCAACGAGGAGCGCUUCGUGCUGAUUGGCUCCUUCGUGGCCUUCUUCAUCCCACUGGUCAUCAUGGUGGUGACGUACUGCCUCACCAUACAGGUGCUCCAGAGGCAGGCCACUGUCUUCCUGUACGAGGCAAAGACUUCCUCCCAGCAGCCUUUGCACACACCAGCAAUGACAAAUACAUUACAGCCUCCGGCCAGCACCUUCCACCUCCCUCAGAUCAACACACUCUCACCUUCAGACUCACAAGAGUUAAAGCCCCCGCCUCCUCAGAGCAGACGAAACACCUUGAGCUGUCUGAAAGGAGCCGAGCCCGGCAUACUGCUCAGCGCCUCCACACCAGACAGCAUCAGCAUCAUCCCCAGCUCUGAGGUGGCGUCUCAGCUCAGCUCGCCGGCAGCGGGGCCAUCGCGGAGCGACGUGUCGGGCUGCCACGGCCGACGGGGGAUGAUGCAGGCCAUAAAGAACGAGAGGCGGGCCUCCAAGGUCCUGGGAAUCGUCUUCUUCCUCUUCCUCAUCAUGUGGUGUCCCUUCUUCAUCACCAACGUCACCUUCGUCCUGUGCCGCGGCUCCUGCAACGAGUCGCUGCUUCACGACCUCCUCAACGUGUUCGUGUGGGUGGGCUACAUCUCGUCCGGGGUCAACCCUCUGGUCUACACCCUCUUCAACAAGACCUACAGGAGAGCGUUCUCCAGCUACAUCAGGUGCCGCUACAAAGUGGGGGCCAACGCGGCCGGACAGAGUUGCAAAACCCUCCUGGUCCCCCCGCCGUGCCCGUCGCACGCCGUGACGCCACUUUUGAUCAGCAGUCACGGCAAAGCAGGCAUGGACCGCAAUAGUAACUGUCGCAACGGAGGCAGGGGGGACAACGGGAGGCUGACGGUGGACCCCGAGGACAUGACCGACGACGGGACACAAAUCGGAAUAGCGUCGCAGAGCCUCUCCGAGUGCCACAAUGCCGGCAUGCUCUCGGAAACAGAGCCGGAGACGGAGGUGGAGCAGGAGCUGUCGCUCAUGAGCUACAGCCCCGCCCCCAGAGAACACACAAGCAGCGUGUGAUUGCGUGGUUUUUUUUUUAGUGUUUUUGGGGGUUUGUUUCAUGUCUUCUUUUUAACCUGCAGACGCUGGUCCGAGCAACGUUUCGACGAGCUGGUGCUGGGAGCCAACCGGCGUUUCGCAUCGGCUGCAAGAGGGUGCUUUUAUUGUGAAAGGACUGGUCACCAAAACGAAGUGCACUACACGUACACGUUAGAGGAACAGAACAGCAUGAUCUCCGGAGGGAGUUUCGGAGUGAAAUUUUUCAGACGUGUUUGUUUUCCACGUGGUGUCCAAAUGUCGGUUUUCAUGAAAGCGUUUGCUAAGCCGUUGCUCAGCAGAAUGUGGGGGCCUAAGGUGAUCAGGGACGAAGUGGACAAGCGCUUACUCUCCUUGUUAACCUGGUAUGAAGUCACGCGGCCCUCAACGCAGUCCCACUGAUGCAGGUUACGGAGUCAAGCACCGACCACGCCGAGGUCACCGGGGGUCAAACUAUGACGUCACGCCGCCUUCAGUCAGAAUGCAGUCUGAGCUCUGGUGUUACGUGGAUCCAGCCUCCACGCCAGGCAAACCAAAAAUCUAUUUUUGUGCCGGUCAAGCUUGACAACAACAUUCAUAAAAAAAUACACCCGAAUGAACCUUUUUCCAGCAUGUAUAAUCAAACUGCUCAGCCGACAGGGAGUCUCUCGAGGCUGCGGUCGAACAAAAAAGUGUCGCUGAGAGGACCAAGAUGAAGGAAUGUACAACGACCACCGGCCUCUGGUGGACUCACAGUGCCAUCUGGUGGUGGCACGACGCAGAGAGGGUGCUCCCCUCGGAUCAGACGAGGGCGUUCAUAGAGCUAAAAACAUGGCGCAGGCCUUCAGUCCAACACAGCUGCCGGGCUCUGACCGAUGCAAACACACAACCUCGAAUAAGUUCAACAUAAAAAGGGAGAAAUCUUAAAAGUCAGAAUAGGUGAAGGUGAUUAAAUCUGAAGUUUUAAAUGUAAGGGUGCGCAAAGAUGUCAACUCCUCAGACUCUUCAAAAGUUAAAGCUCCAAGAUCGAUCAAAUCACACUUAACUCUGACACUAACAUGCGUCCAACCUAUAAAACAAUCACAGUGUUGAGCAAGAAAAGGAAACUGAUAAAGGAUUCAGGGUGUUAGAGUCAAACACAGGGGAGACACCACAGGUUUCACACACUUUUCAGGUUAAUUUAGAGAUGUUUCAGCUAUUUUGCUCUCAUAAAAAACAUCUUAAAUACACAUUUAAGCGUUUAUUUCAGUCCAGACUUACUUUGUGAUGUGUGCAUUUCAAUUAAAUAGCAUUAGCCACUUGAGAAAAGGCACAUUAAUUUAACCUUAAUGGGGAAUAUCCCAUUAUUUUAAGCUCUGAACUUUAAAACUGCUUCAAAAAUAAGGACACCCCAAAGCUGUCACAUACGUUACGGAGCGUAGAUCGCUUGAUUUGCGCAUUUAAACAUAAAAUAUAAGAGAACUUGUAACACCAAAAAUAAGUGUCUUAAUGUCAGUAAUCAGCUGGUUUCAUGGUGACGUCUGUUAGUUAAGGAUUGUAUCCCAAUCACCAAUGUUGGUUUGAAAAUGUUUGUAUUCUGACUUUUAUCUCAGAAUCUAUAAAAAGUCCGAUAAAAAGUCUUUGAAGAGUUUUUUCCCCAAGUUGUCAGAUUUUGCAGCACACAUCUUCAAAAUGAAACGAAUGUUCUCACCCUGAAACCGAGAAAAUCUCUACGUCAGCAGCGCCUACAUUCACCAAACCUCCAAAGUUUAUUCCAUAUUCCAAAGGUUUUGUGUCAUACAUCUUUCAUAACCUGACUUAUACAUGAUUUAAUUCCCCUAAAAACACAAUGAAAAUGGAUUUCUCUCAGGUCUGUUGAGAGUAUUUUCUACAGAAGAGAAUUGUGAAGGUUUUUUUUUGUUUUUUUUUUUUAUCAGUAUGCCCUUCAAGAAAAAAAGUCAAAAUGUUGAGAAUAAACUUGACAUUUCAGGAUUAAAGUCGACCUUCUGAGACGACAUCAAACAGCGUACAAACACACUGCUGCCUCGACAAAAUGCCUCGUGUAGAUGAAUCGGCGUCAGCAACAAAGACAUUAUUUGUCCUCCAGCUCUUAAACACAGUGUAGCUGUCAGUGUUCGGACCUUGUAGAGAUUGUUAGACUGAUUCAACAGAAGUUUCAUGUUGAUAUCUAUCAGCUGACCCUUUUAACCUGCAGUGUCUCCCCUUUAACGCACAGAUGACAUACGUGACAGAGUAUUUACCUCAUAUUUUUAUUUAAGGACGGGCUUCACCCUCCAAAAACACCUCAGCUGCAUGAUUUUCAUUCUUUCUACAAGUCAGAAUCCUCUAAAUCAGCACAAAGGACAGACGGACGUUUACAUUUAGGCCAAACCUCUGUUACAUUUGUGCUCUGAUGAUGGUUUGUGUGAUCAAACGCUCGCCCGGUAUCUCUCGCCAAAAUCAGCCUCCCUGAUCUGCUCGCCCUCGACCCAAAGACCUGAAAACCUUUUGAGAUUCCAUCCGUUGCGUAAACCAGACAGAAAGUCGAUCCGCUAAGAGACAGAACCCCCGACAAGUCGCUCCACCCUCACCUGAUGUUCACGCUGAUCUUCUCGCCCUCCCUCCUCUCUCGUCUUAUCGACGUCUGACAGGCGGCGCGAUUCCUCCACGCCGCGGCUCCGUCGUCUGACAUAUCUGCAAGAAUACCACUUAAGAAAAAGGGUUAGAUGAUGUGAGGAGUUUAGAGGAAGCAGGUCAUGGUGGCAAAUUUAGAUUUCUUGAUGAAAACAAAAAUCACCUCAAGGGUAAAAACGCUUUAACUGUUGUUAAAGGAACAGUUCACAUAGAAGUGAAAAUGCGGUCAUCCUUUAUUUACCUCCUGCCGAUAAGAAGUCAUGUUGCAACGUUAUUUUGCUCAAAUUUGGGGACUGCACAACCUCAUCCGGCUUUCCUUCAGCGUGGGCGUGAAAAGAUAAUGACUGAAUUUGUAUUUUUGGAUGAACUGUUCCUUUAAGUGGUUGUAUUUAAAAAGAACCGCGUCCAGUAAAGUCACAUUUUAAGACAUCACACAAAGGGGCACUUUCAACAAGUUUACACAUCAGGUUCAGUGUCUUUUUUUGGCUCUGGAGCAUCCCCCCCCCCCCCAAAGAAUGUAUAAUUAACCCUGAUGAUGUCAUAGUGAUGUCAUCAGGGGAUUCUCACCUUGAGUUUGAAACCUCUGAACAGAUUUUAUUGUUAGUUUUAUCGAUAUCUUUGGCAGAAAGCCUCCUUUGAAACUAGAGGUCAACAUUUAAGGGCGUCCUUUAAAAUAAUCUUUUGAGGUGCAUUAUGGGAAUUGUAGUGUUUUGGGACUUUGACCCAUACUAGAGACUAAACGUGAGGAUGUCUCAACCUGUGGUGCUUCGAUUUUUAAUCAAUCGUUUCAAGUGGAUCUGGAUUAGUUCCUGAACUUUAUGGAAGCAUGAUACUACAUUUGUUGAAGUGCCCCUUUAAAUGUUUUCCUACCAUACUAGAGACUUAUAAGUCAGGAUAUCUCAGCUUCUUUAAUUUGUCUCUUUUUACAGAAGUGCCCCUUUAAGCGCACAAAAUACUGAAUCACAAACAGUUUUCCUGCCAGCUCGGCUAUUAGUUCAUCAAAAUAGAUGCCACUUCCACCAAUGAUCAAUAUUUGAUUUUGGUAAUAAUCCCUUCAGCCACCUGAGACAUAAUUUCACCUGAAUGUACAACAGAUUCUCGAUCAAUAAUCCCUCUUCAAAGUCACAGAGCAACGGUCAGAGCCUGCGGCGGACCACUGGAAUCCGGAGCCCCGAGGUCUGCAGCCACCUCUGCAUACGAUUAGGAUGAAAACACGCGAACUGGGGCGUCGCUUCAUCCUGAUUCUGUGCACCUCUGUAUAAUCUAUCCACUCUUUGUAUGCUACGGACUUACACGGUGGUCACCCACACCACUCUCCUCUCCACAGGGGGGGGAAGAGGUCUUACAUGAGCUAACGUUGGCAGGCCGGCUGCCGACGAACAUCGUGCAUGUUUUUGAAGCGAUGUUCAAAAAGGUCCUCUCUGCCUCGCUCUGCUUAUUUGUUCUCUCUUUUAUUUUUAAACCUCAGAAGGAACGAAAGCGGUGCGGGAGGGAAGGAAGGAAGGACAGAACAAACAAAGAGCAAUCAACAAAAUGCACAUUGCAAACAGCCUGCGGGCAUUUCGGUGUUUAUCGGAAAUGCAUAACGUAUAUAAGAGAGAACAAAGGAGAGGAGGGGACGCUCUGAACUCGCCUGGAUGGGUCAGGUUUGAUCCAUCCGGGUGUGGGCAAAGCGAAGAGCCACAGCUAGGCCAGCCAACUCAGUAUGUCGCAGUGUAAUAACUAUAUGUUUCCCGUGUACCUGUGUGUGUGUGUGUGUGUGUGUGUGUGUGUGUGUGUGUGUGUGUGUGUGUAUCGGGCCCGGCUCAAAUUUGCUACCUGAGAUUGAUUCAGAAACUCUUCUGUUUCUUCAUCGAUCGUGUCCGGCACGACGGGUUGAAGCGGGGUCGUCCCUGUGGAUGCCAAUCCUGUCCGGCUCGCAGUCCAGACAGAUGAAAGCAAUCAGUCGUAGAGAAAGUGUCUGAACGGAUCUCGGCUGAUAAUUUGAUCCACGUCUGGUGUGUAUAGAAAUAGCUGGAGACGUUUAUUGACAGAGUUUCUUUCUCGAUGCAUUUCAGGAAGCCUGAUUUGGGCUUUUUGUCUCCCUAUAGGACUGUUUCUGCUGGCAGGCAACACAUAUUUAUCCAACUGAAGAACACUUUGUAGUGCAUUUGAAAAUAGCUUCACGGUCAAACAAUCUGCGCUUUUAUGAAAAUUUAAAGGAGAAAUCGACCCAAAAAUGGAGCGAGCAGGUGGUGAUGUGCAUUUUGUGCUCUCUCAGUGAGGAUAACUUUCUUUUUUUAACUCACAUGAAGCUAAAUUACACAUAAAAGGGAUGUUUUGACAUUGUGGGUAGGAUUUCAACAAGCAAUCAUUUUCUUGAUCUGUUCUGGUGAUUGUUUUCUCGAUUAAUUGAUUAAUCGUUAGAGAUCCCUGAAAAAGGUUUUGUUAGUCCAAAAUCCAAAAAUAUUCAGUUUAAUAUGAUAUAAAGCAGAGAAAAGCCACAAAAUAUUCAUAUUUUCUGUCAUUUUUACAUGAAAAAUGAUUAACAAUUAUUAGGUUAUCAAAAUCAAUUUAGCUCUAGUUGUAGGAAUUGUGUUCAUUCACUUUCUUGCAGGAGUUAGACGAGAAGAGACGAUACGACUCUCAUGUUUGUCUGUUCCCACUACGAAGUUUUAAUCAACAGGCAGUUAGCCUAGCUUAGCAUAAGCAUGAAAGCGAGGGAAAAUAGCUAGCUUGGCUCUGACCAAAAACUAUAACUCACAAAUUAACAUAUUAUAUUUAAUUUGUUUCAUCUGCACAAAAGUCAACAAAUUUUUACACUUUAGUUUUUGUAUGAAUUUAUAAUCAAUGUAUAACCUGUUAAUUUGUGAGUGUUGGAGGUGCUGCUGGGUAGAUAAUUUGUAUCGACGGUCAGAGCCAGGCUAACUGUCUCCCCCUGCUCUCUGUCUCUAUGCUAAGCUAUGCUAACUGACUGCUGAUGUUUACAGCAAUAUCACUUUCAUGAUCAAACUCUCAGCAAAAAAACUGUUAAAAGUAUUUCCCGACGUGCUAAACUAUUCCUUAUUACAGAAGUACGUAGCACUGAACAAAGAAUCAGAGGGUUGAUUUCUCCUUUUAAUUUUCAGAGAUCCAGAAGUUUAAAUCAAUCACAAGAUCACACAGCAUCUGAAAGUUUCAAAUCUAAAUGUUAAAGUAAAAGUAAGCAAACGUUUUUCAGACCAAAUGGUGAAAUCUGAACACACUUUUGUCCGAACCGUCUUCUAAACUAGCUCCCGAACACGUCACUCUGUCAGUAGACGUCUCUGAGAAGUAGCCAGAGCUGCAGGUUAUCCAAGAGUUCGGCAAACCCAACUUCUUCAAUGCACCUUCCCCUCCCCCGCGCCCUGCGUUAUUGGAGCUGAGGUGUCAGCACCCUGUGAAGCAGAUCGGUUGUCUGGUUUGUCUCGCUCUUGUAUGAUCCGGCGCUCGUGAGUUUGCUCUCUUUUUAUGUGUUGGACCUUCUUCUGUUACGCAGUUGCUGUUUUUUUUUUAUACCAUUUUAAUUGUGAAUGUUUGUCUACGAUGCAUCUUCUUAAGUUUAUACAGCGAUUACGCCAUCAUCCACACAAUGUAUAUUUUCUUUU